AUGUCGUUCAUCCUGUUGCUGCUUUUCUUCCAGAACUUGCCCAACUUCUCGGGCGCGAGAGAACUGGCCCGAACUCCCUAUGGUGAUAUCACCGGCUUUUCAGGCAUCGUCGUCGUCACUGUACAGUAUCGUCUAGGAUUUUUAGGAUUCCUCAACGUUAAAAAUCUACUUCCCGAUGUCCUCCAAAUUACAACAAAUUUCGAUUCGAACGUCGGGGCUCAUGACGUGUUGCUGGCGUUGAAUUGGGUGAAGAAGAACAUCGAGAGCUUCGGCGGUGACCCAGACGCGAUUACUGUAGCUGGUCAUUCUGCAGGGGCGUCCAUUGCAAGUUGCUUGUAUUUGAGCGGAAAGGCUGAUGGACUGAUCUCUCGCCUCAUCCUGGCGAGCGGGUCUUCAGAAUCGGCAUUCGACGGAUCUUGGGGCUAUCGUGAUGUUUCGGCAAAAUUGAUAAAAUCGGCAACCUACACGGAUAUCCAUGCCAAAAACCUGAAAAAAUCCGAGCUGGAGGAGGUUGAGAGCUAUAUGGAGUACAGGGAGAUUGAUGAUGUUCUGGAGCAUUUUGACCAGAAAAACUUCCUCGGCUGGCCACUGGUCGUCGACGGCGAGCUGUUCACUGACGUGCCGAGGGUGAUGGCCGAAAAUGUCAAUGGGAGCUUGAACUCCUCGAAACCGCUAGAAGUUUUUCUGGGUGUUACCCGAGACGAGUGGGCGGCCUUUGAGCUGAAGCUAAUGCUGGACGGCGUGAAAGCCCUCGACCCCGCCAUCUACAACUGGCGGAUGGUGGUAAAAUUCGUGUCCAAGAUCCUCGCUUUCGCCUUCCCGAGACCUGAAAUCACCUCAAAAAUGCGGAAAAUGGUCGACGGCUAUGGAUUCUCGGCGAUGAAUCCUAAUGUGUCUUCCUGGGUGGAGACAACGAUUGAUGUAUUGACGGAUGCAUUCUUUGCCUCAAGGACAAUUCGAGAAGCGCUGUACUAUCAAAAACUCGGAGCCAACGUGUACCUCUACGAGUUCACCCAACCAGCUUCAUCGUUUUUUAUUGACGGUUAUAAACCCGUCCUGCAUGGCGAUGAUCUAUCUCUAUUAUUCGGAAGAAAAGGUGGGAUGGCCGGCCGAGAGAUGGCCAGGUUGUGGACGGAUUUUGUGAGGGGG